AUGGGUGGUGACCUGAGGUGGGAGUUUAGGAGGAAGGACAAUGGCGAUGAGUCUUCAAGUGAUGAAUCUAAAUCAAGUAGUGAGGCAGCUCACGAGAAGCAUAAACUGGUUUCCUCUUUGAUUUCGGUUGAAAAUGAUGAAGAAAUUGGAACUCAUAGAGUCAAGCAGAAUGUCACGAGCAAUCCUCAUACAGAGGUUAAAAUUAUGACUGGGAAAGGCAAAAAUGUGCAUUCACAAAGGAGCGGAAAGGAAAGUUCAAUUCAUGAUGGCACAGAGAGGGAUUCUCAUGAAGAAGGCAGUAGAAAAAAGAGUAAAACCAGUGUUUAUGAGCCUGCUGCCAUGGAUGAGAUUAAGAGAUUCAUGGAGUCCUUAUUAGAGGAUCUUAAAGUGACAAGAGAUAAUUUGUUUUCAUGGAUGAGGCAGGAAAUGCAAAAAUUGGUGAUGGAUGAUACUCAUCCACCUCUUGAACGGAGAGAACAAAGUUUUGGAGAGAAAAAUCUCCUAGUGCAACAUGGAGAAAUCGUUGAGAACACCACCUCUAAGGAGAAUAGACAAGUGAACAAAAGAAAGUUUGAAGAGAAUAUUCAGAUACGUCAUCAAAAUAACUAUCCGAAAGAUGUUUUGGUGCCGCAUGAAACCAACUUUGAGGAUAAUGUAUUUGCACAACAUCAUAACAACUUAAAGGAGACAAUCCAAGUGCAGCAUCAGAACAACUCCGAAGAGGCAGAUGUUCAAGUGCAAUCUCAAAGCAACUUUGAAUCUGGCAUGAGAGCUCAAAAAUGUAAUAUUGGAUCUUUGGAGGGUACUGCUAGAAGCAAUCAAGCAAGUGGUUAUGAUAAUGGCUAUCGAGUACUUGGAAAACAAGUUGAUAAUGGCCAAGACACUAGAGCCUUGAUACCAAGGGAAAAGUUUGGUUCACUUGUCAAGCCAAAUUUUCAGUCCUGUUCCACAGAAAUUAAUGCCCAGAGGCAGCAUCAGACAAACUAUCUAUUGGGCAUAAGACCUCCAAAUUACAAUUGCAGAUCUUUGGAGAGUCCUUUGAAAGGCAAAGAGAGAGCUCAAUCUAAUAAUUGCCAUCCAUGGAUCGAACAUCAAGUUGAUUGUGUUCGAGAUAUUGGACCUGUUGCAUCGUCUGAAAUAGAAAGAAGAGCGAAGUUGACGGUACCUAUCGAGUCAAGUUUUUCUUCCAAUGUUUCCAGUCAGGUAUCUUCUUCCAUGUAUUUGACAUUACCCUCUGUGUUAACUAGGCCCUAUGGUGAGGAUCCUAUCCUUGGCACUUCUUCAUAUAGUUAUAUUCAACCAACAGUUGCCGGAAACAGAUUAGGCAUGAACUAUGAGAAAGCAAACACAAUGCUCAAAGUAAAUGCUCAUUAUGGAAACUUUACAGGCAUGAGUCACCAAGUAAGAAAUGGAAGCAUUGCUCAAAUAGGGUCCCAAAAUGUGAGUUAUAGUGAUAGGCAAAGCAUCCGUAGCUCAAGUAUUGGAACUGGGUUCCCAGGUGCACUUCAUCAAGGUAUGGAUUUUGGUGUUAGCUUUCCAAGCCAAGCAAGUAUCGAAUAUCUUCAUCGAGAUGAAAAGAACAUAAGGGGUUUGAGGAUGAAUGAAGGAGCCAAAAUGUUCUCCGGAGGAAGCUAUGCUGUACCCGAAGACUAUGUUUCCAACAAUUUUUUCAGUCGUUCUGUUAGUAAACCUCAAGGUUCCUCGAUUGGAAAUCGGAAGCAGCUUCAGGAAUUCGAUGCUACCAUCAAUAGCGAACCACUACUCUGCUACAAAGGAGGAGUUGUGGCUCCAGAAGCUUCUUUCACUCCAGCUCUUCUCUUCCAAACCACUUCAACGGCAGCAGCCUCUGCCACUUCGUCGCCUAGACCGUCGCUGUCACUACCUCUAAAGCCGGAGAGUCGGAUCAGGUCGGUGUUGAGCUUGGUCCGGAGGAAGAACUAG